CUCACGUGCUCUUCCCAUUCGUCUCCUCCUCACCGCUACCCGUUCUAUCCGCCUCCCUCCUCCUCUCCACGCCUAGGGUUUCUUCGACGCCUCCCCCCUCUCGAAACCCUAGAUCGACUCCUCAUGGCACUCUGCUUCGUCUCCUCCCCUCUCGAGCUCCGCUCCCCCUUUCUCCCCCUCAAGAACACCGCUUUCCCUCCCCGGAACCCUAGGAUCUGCCACGACCUCCUCCUCCUCCGGCGCCGACGCCGCCGCCGGAGACCCCAGCUCUGGAUCGAUUCCUCCCUCGGCGACAUCUUCGGCGACCUCGUCUCCGCCUUUCCCUCCCCCAAUUCCCACGCCGUCCUCGGCCCUGCCCUCGGACUCAUCUCCGGCGCCGCCAUCUUCCUCUCCGCCCACCGCCGGAGUGGAAGAACCAACCUCGGCGUUGAAUCCGACACCGCCGUCGGGGAUUGGAUCCUCUUCACGAGCCCAACCCCGUUCAAUCGGUGCGUGCUCCUCCGAUGCCCCUCGGUGUCGUUCGAGGACGGCGGGGAAUUAUUGGAUGGACUGAACGAGAGACUGGUGAGGGAGGAGCGGCACUACGUGAAUUUGAGCAGGGGAAGGAUCCCUGCCGCAGAGAAGGAGGGGGAGAGGGGGACGGAUGACGAGGUCUUGUAUCAGAGGGUUUCUGUCGGGACAGAUGACGGAGGCGUGAUAUCGAUGGAUUGGCCGGAUAAUUUAGACAUCGAGAAGGAGCAUGGGUUGGAUUCAACCAUACUGAUUGUGCCGGGUACUGCUGAAGGGAGCAUGGAUAGAAAUGUGAGGAUCUUUGUGGUGGACUCGCUCAAGCAUGGGUAUUUCCCUGUUGUGAUGAAUCCACGUGGGUGUGGCGGCUCUCCUCUGACCACAGCCAGGUUAUUCACAGCUGCUGACAGCGAUGAUAUCUGCACAGCAGUUCAAUUUGUUAAUCAUUUGAGGCCAUGGACAACACUGAUGGCUGUUGGGUGGGGAUACGGUGCAAAUAUGCUGACAAAGUAUCUUGCUGAAGUAGGAGAGGCUACUCCUCUCACAGCUGCUGUAUGCAUAGACAACCCUUUUGACUUGGAGGAAGCAACAAGGUCAUUCCCUCAUCAUAUUGCUUUGGACCAAAAGCUGACUAGUGGGUUGAUAGAUAUUCUGCGAGCUAAUAAGGAAUUCUUCCAGGGACGAGCUAAAGGUUUUGAUGUUCAAAAAGCUUUGUCAGCUACAUCUGUUCGUGAUUUUGAUGUAGGAAUAUCCAUGGUUUCUUAUGGGUUUGAUAGUGUUGAGGCCUUCUAUGCAAAAAACAGUUCAAGGCAAUUAGUUGGAGGCGUGAAGAUUCCUGUACUUUUUAUUCAGAGUGACGAUGGGACCGUGCCACUAUUUUCUGUACCACGUAGUUUAAUAGCAGAAAAUCCUUUUACAAGCCUCCUCCUCUGCUCUUGUCUGCCUUCAACUAACAUCAGAAUCGAGAGAUCUGCUGUUCUUUGGUGCCAACAUCUUGCCAUAGAGUGGCUGUCUGCAGUGGAGCUUGCACUUUUAAAGGGCCGCCAUCCUCUUUUGAAAGAUGUAGAUAUCACUAUCAAUCCUUCAAAAGGUCUAGCAUUUGUUGAUGGUGGAGCAUCAGACAAGAAAACGUCAAGUGAGAAUAAAGUUCGUGGGAGCAAUGCUUCUGCUACUUUUCUUGCUAGCCAUAAUAUUCCAAACAGAAAUUCUCUGUUAAAGCUGACACAGUCAAAUCCUGUUAAUGGAUUUCUUGUUGAUCCACUUUUUAAUGGAGAUUCUAGAGCAGAAAACAAGGAGAACAGCCGAUCAAAACAAGCUACUGAAUUAGACAGGGCCAAUAGAGUUGGUGAUAUGGAGCAGAAACAAGAUAGCUUGGUAGAUAGUGACGAAAGUCAAGUACUACAAACUGCUGUUGUUGUCAUGAACAUGCUUGAUUAUACUAUGCCGGGUACUUUGAAUGAUGAACAGAAAAGGAAGGUUCUAACUGCCAUGGAACAAGGAGAAACUCUAAUGAAAGCUCUGGAAGGAGCUGUUCCAGAAGAUGUCCGUGGGAAGCUCACAACUGCUGUUACUAACAUCCUGCAAACUCAGCGAGCAAACUUGAAUCUUGACUCGUUAACAAAGAUUGGCUGGACUAAUGUGGCAUCAGAAGUCAAGACAAGGAUCCAAGAUAAGAUAAAGGGAUUCUCAACCUCUUCAAGUGGGAGUAGUGAGGCCACUUCAUCAGAUCACAGUAAAAGUGCUGCUGGUAGUGAGGAAGUAACACAAAAUGAUGUUAAUUUAUUUUCGGAUAAUAUCAACACCCACGAAAAUAUUGGGUCAUCUCAAGCUAAGGCAUCCCAACCUGAAUCUCAAAUGGAAAGUGAAAAGAUCCAGCCUAACAAAUUUGAGAAACCAAGUUCCAUGACAAGAGAUGAUGAUAGUGAGCAGCAUCGUGUCGACCAGGGCCAUGAAAUAGCUGGGAAGUCUUUAGAUUAUCAAGAAGUGGUUAAUGAUGCCAAUGGUAGUACCAUUAAAGAUGAAGUCAAGAGAGCAGAUUCUCUUCCAGAACAAAAUACACAAGCUCAGUCUUCAAUUUCUGGAGAAGUAUUUUCAUCUAGCGAAUCCACUUCUGAACACCAGGUGAUACAAAAGGAAGUGAAUGGAACUCAGCUGAAUGAAGAAAAGCCUGCUCAGAACAUGGUUGAUCAAAGUGUGCAAAACUCAAAAGUAGAACCUGCGCCACAACACCCAUCUUCGAAACCACCCUCUAUCAGUAUAACUCAAGCCUUAGAUGCCUUAACUGGAUUUGAUGACUCGACUCAGAUGGCGGUUAAUAGUGUGUUUGGAGUUAUUGAGAAUAUGAUUGACCAAUUAGAGAAAAGAAAUGAACUUGAAAAUGCUGACACAAAUAAGGCAGAGGAUCAGGAAACAUUAGAUACAGCUGAUGGCAAGCCUUUCUUGAACAACAAUGUGCCUGACAAGAUAGAGGAAAGGCAGAAUGGAGUAAGUGCUGAGUCAAACAUAAUUCAUUCGUCUAGUCAACCAAAAAAUAACACCAACAAUAGGCACUCGCAAGAAAAUAAUAGUGUUAGUAAUUAUUUGGAAGGUUAUGUCUUAAACAAUGUUGAGCCUGAACAGAACGUUUUACUAAAUCCUUACUGGAGUAUGCAAUGUGCCGCAUAUCUUCAUAGAUAUCUUUCCAAACAGUUACCAAUGAAAUCGUCUGAAUUAGACACAGCAACUGAUCUAUUCCUUGACCCAGAAGAAGGUAAAUGGAAAAUGGCAGAUCAGGCUAAGAAUAUUAACGAUGAUAUAAGUGACAGCAGAAAAUAUCAUAGUGUUUCCGAAGAAUCUCAAACCUCUAAUUCCUUGCCAAGGUUAGUUGGAAUGGAUAAUGUUAUUGAGCCAUCAUACAUUAUAUUAGAAACUGACUUGUCAAAAUCUAAUAAUCAGUCAGCUCAAGAAUUUGAUACACUCAGCGGUCAGUUUGCACAGGAUGAUGCAAUAAAGGAGCUGAUAUUCUUGAUUAAAGGAAAAUUACUGGAAGCUUUGAAAGUUGAAGUUGGUCGCAGAUUAGGCAUAUCUGUCAUAGAGGAACUGCAGAGCAGCCUUGCAAAUGAAAUGGAACGUCUCGCCACUGUUGUGUCUCAAGAAGUUGUUUGCAACAGUGAAUUGAAUCUGAUCUCGAUCUCAAAAAUUGAUGAGCCAGCUAAACUGAAAUAUGGCUCAAUUGAAGGAGAGUUUAUGAUUAGGACGAUAUCAUCUGCAGUUAAGGAGGCAAGCCAUCUGCGGAAAGUUCUUCCAGUUGGUGUCAUUGUAGGUACCGUGUUAGCGUCUUUAAGGAAUUAUUUCCAUGUUGGUGUUCAGCAGGAUGAUGAUCGAAACAAAGCAAUUAGUGAACAUGGCCAGAUGCAGGAGAAGAUUCAUGCUUUAGAGAAUGGCAUUGGCAAUGAAGGUCAUUUUGAUGAGAAGGUUCGACAUGAUGAGAUAGAAAAGUCAACGAGUGGUGUAGGUAAAAGCCUUGAGACAAACAGAUCAGGCAAUAAAGGCAUCAUGGUUGGGGCUGUUACAGCUGCUUUGGGUGCUUCAGCUUUGUUGGCACAUCAUCAGAGCGAGGAAGAUAAAGAAGCAAUGGAAUCUUCAUCUGUUCCAAAGGGAUCUAUCCUGGAGGAACAUUUGAAGCUUGGGGAAACAGUGCAAGAAAAAAGCCAGAAUAAUAUAAUGAGCAGCCUUGCUGAAAAAGCCAUGUCUGUUGCUGGUCCAGUAGUACCUACAAAAAGUGAUGGGGAAGUUGAUCAUGAAAGACUGGUUGCUGUUCUAGCAGAACUGGGACAAAAGGGUGGCAUUUUGAGAUUAGUUGGUAAAAUUGCUCUACUUUGGGGUGGCAUACGUGGUGCUAUGAGCUUGACCGACCGACUCAUCUUAUUCUUACAUAUUGCCGAACGGCCUUUACUGCAGAGGGUUUUAGGUUUUGCCUGCAUGGUGCUUGUUCUCUGGUCUCCUGUCGUUAUUCCCCUUAUGCCAACACUUGUUCAGAGUUGGACAACAAAUUCUUCUACUGGAAUCGCUGGCUAUGCUUGCAUAGUAGGACUUUACGUCUCUGUAAUGAUCCUCACCAUGCUGUGGGGCAAAAGAAUUAGGGGGUAUGAUGAUCCACUUGAACAAUAUGGGCUCGAACUCACAUCUGCAGCCAGGGUCUAUGAUUUUCUGAAGGGUUUGGUUGGAGGGGUUAUGGUUGUCUUAUGUAUACAUUCGAUAAAUGGUUUACUUGGUUAUGCAUGCCUCUCUUGGCCUUCAAGCUUGCCGUCAUUAUCAGCAGGUGCUAUUAUCCUACUCAGAACUUACACAAAAACAAUAAUGCUGGUUGUUAGAGGGCUUGUUACAGCAACUGGCAUUGCUCUAGUGGAAGAGUUAUUAUUCAGGUCAUGGCUUCCAGAGGAAAUUGCUGUCGAUAUUGGAUAUUACCAGGCUGUUGUACUAUCCGGUAUUGCAUUUUCUUUGAUUCACAGGUCCCCACCUUCAAUACCAGGUUUCUUUCUGUUAUCUUUGGUGCUUUCCGGAAUCAAGCAGAAUGCCCAUGGAAAGCUCGCUGCGCCAAUUGGCUUUCGUGCAGGAAUUAUGACCGCCAAUUAUAUGUUACAAACUGGCGGUUUCAUCAUAUACAAGCCCGGCACACCUUUCUGGCUGAGGAGCACCAACCCUUUGCACCCUUUUGACGGUGCCGUUGGCCUUUGCUUCAGUGCUUUAUUAGCAAUUCUCUUCUUUCCGCAAAAACCACAUCAGAAGAAUGCUUCAUCAGUAUCUUGAGAGCAUUAUUUGGAGACACCAAUAAAUUGGUUUAUCAACAAUUUGAUGAGAAACCAGGCGGAAUCGGUACAGCAUAAAUAUUUAAGUCAGAAUCAGUAAAUCAAACAGGUAAUCGCUUUGUGAAACAUUUUGUGAGAGGUGGGGAGGAAUAAACUCAGCUUAAAAGUGAUACAUGGAGCAAGUCUUUCUGCUGCAAUGGCAUUAGAGAUGAUGCAGUAUGCUAGAGAUUGAGAUAUCUCAAUAUCUCUGCAACGUGGAGAUGCACCUUUUUUGUCGACGGAAUAACUGUCAUUGCUUAAAACAUCAAAUGACACAGCAUGGCAGAAUUAGAUGUAUAGUGAAGUGAGUGUACAGUGUAUAUGCCAUGUAUAGAGACAUGAUUUUGCUAUAGCAUCAGGUAUUAUAUAUAUAUAUAUAUACUUAGCCGAGCACUCACUAUUUUAUUAUUUGGCGAGAAUAGGUUCUCGGUAUUUUAUUAUCCUGUUUUCCCUUUUGCUUUGUGCGCAUGUUUGUUUGUUUUA